UCCCUCUCUGCUUCCCUGCUGCCGCCGAGCCCGCGCCUCCAUUCGGCCCUGCCGAGCGCUGCCCGCUCCCAGCCGUCACCGCCCGUUAGAGCCCCGCCACUCGCCAAGGAGGGGAGAGCACAGCAGAGGGAAGGACCCUCCCCUCGCCGCGAACUCUCUUCCUUCUUCUUCUCCUCCUCCUCCUUCUCUUCCUCCGCCUCUGCCUCCCGGCCGGGAACAACUAGCCGUGCCCGCAGCAGCCCCGGUGGAUGCACUGAGCGCUCGGGCGCGGGGAGAGGGGCAGAAGAGGGAGCCGGGAGCCCCGCCGCUUAGGCGCUGUGCUGCCGGAGGCUCACGGCCAUCCGCUUGAAUUCUUCGCCCCCCGCCCGCCGGUAUCUGGCUUCGCCCCUGCCUCCUCCUCCUCUCCGCCCGCGGGAGCCAGCCGAGGCGGCGGCGGGGGCUGCACUCUCUCCCCCUUUUUCCGCCUUUUUUUUUUUUUCUAUUUUUAAUUUAAUUUUUUAAUUAUUUUUGCCGCCGCCAUGGGAUGUACCUUGAGCGCCGAGGAGAGAGCCGCCCUGGAGCGGAGCAAGGCCAUCGAGAAGAACCUGAAGGAGGACGGGAUCAGCGCCGCCAAAGAUGUGAAACUCCUCCUGUUAGGGGCCGGAGAGUCUGGAAAAAGCACCAUCGUGAAGCAAAUGAAGAUCAUCCAUGAGGAUGGCUUCUCUGGAGAAGACGUGAAGCAGUAUAAGCCAGUGGUCUACAGCAACACUAUACAGUCACUGGCAGCGAUUGUACGUGCCAUGGAUACCUUGGGCAUCGAAUAUGGUGAUAAGGAGCGACGGGCUGAUGCCAAGAUGGUCUGCGAUGUUGUAAGUCGGAUGGAGGACACAGAGCCCUUCUCUCCGGAGCUGCUGUCAGCUAUGAUGAGACUCUGGGCAGACUCUGGGAUCCAAGAAUGCUUCAACCGGUCCCGCGAAUAUCAACUUAAUGACUCGGCCCAAUAUUACCUAGACAGCUUAGAUCGAAUUGGAGCUGCAGACUACCAGCCCACGGAGCAGGAUAUCCUCCGAACCAGAGUCAAAACAACUGGCAUUGUAGAAACCCACUUCACGUUCAAAAACCUCCACUUCAGGCUGUUUGAUGUUGGAGGCCAGCGGUCAGAACGAAAGAAGUGGAUUCACUGCUUUGAGGAUGUUACAGCGAUCAUUUUCUGUGUCGCACUGAGUGGCUACGACCAGGUGCUUCAUGAAGAUGAAACCACGAACCGCAUGCAUGAAUCAAUGAAGCUUUUUGACAGCAUCUGCAAUAACAAGUGGUUCACAGAUACAUCUAUCAUCCUCUUUCUAAACAAGAAGGACAUAUUUGAGGAGAAAAUUAAGAAAUCUCCACUGUCUCUCUGCUUUCCUGAGUAUACAGGCCCAAACUUAUUCACAGAGGCAGUGGCUUACAUCCAGGCUCAGUACGAGAGCAAGAACAAAUCCACCAACAAGGAGAUCUACACGCACAUCACCUGCGCCACUGACACCAACAACAUCCAGUUCGUCUUCGACGCCGUCACGGAUGUCAUCAUUGCCAACAACCUGCGGGGCUGCGGACUCUACUAAAGCACCCUCCUCCUUCCCUUAUCCCCUCGCACCCGCCAGGAGCAUCCUCCGGUCCUGCGGACAGGUCCUCUCUCUUUCUUCUUUUUUCUCCUCAGAGGAUGAUGAGGAAGAAAUCCAUAAAUCACUCCUUCUGUCCCAGAAAACUUUGCAGCAAGUUCUACUUUCCCCAGCCCCAAUUUACUUUGGUUUGGUUUAUUUUUGUUCACUCCCUUGCUGCCUCGCUCUACUCCUCCGUCUCAAUUCACAGUGCUGUAGAGGGAGCUAACGCGUUGCCCACAGUGUGCAUUUCAACUGCCAAAUGCCAAAAAUACUUCAGUUAAAAAAAAAAAAAUCAAAGCCUUAAAAUACUGGUCAGCAACAGUCUAGUUUGGAACCGAAACUUUUUUCCUUGAAAUUAGGGGAUAUUUUUGAUUCUGAUUAUUUAUAUACUUUUUUUUUAACACUGUUUCUUUGGGAAGAGCUAGACACAAUAUGAUCAUUUUGAGGGUACCUUAUGGCUCCAGUUCCUAUCCAAAAGCCAGAGGGGUUGGUGUUGAAUGCAGCCACCACAGGUUGGAUUUGUAUAUUCUCCUUUUUUCCAGACAGCUAUUUGAACAAGUGAAACAGCUAUAUCAAGUUCUGCUGGUGUCUGAGUAAGAAGGACACAGUAACAAAACCUACUAAGCUAUGUCUAAAAGCAUUCAUUGCCGGUAACAGUUUUACCUCAAGUUUUUCUAAAUUAAUGUUAAAAUACGUCUAGUGGUUUCAGUAACCCAUUUCUGAGGAACUCUGGUGGAUGCCACAGAGCUGCUGGGCUCUGGCAGCUGGUCUUGCACCCCUGGAGCAUAGGUAGCAAGGAUGCUCUAUAGAUGGCAUCCUGAUGGGGACCCCAUGCACAGGGAUUCCAGCUGGAGACCCGGGACCUUUUCCAAAGCACCUCCCAGCCUAAGUGAUUCCAGCACAACUAGUGCUCUUGCAGACACGUAGCAUCUCUUUCCAAACUUCAGCCCUGAAAUGCUAGGGUUCACCAAAAAUAUUUACCCCUGGCUUUUUGUAGGCAGAGUUUGACCUUCAAGUAGCUGAAAUGCAGAGGGGUGCUUUGGGAAACCUCACCAUGCUUGGGUGACAGCAAGGUGUGCAGGACCCUUACAGCUCUUUAUCGCAUCUAAAUACCCUUGAGAAGCCUGACCUUGCAGUCUGAGCCUCCCUGGCUGAACAGAAGCAGGUAGCUUGCCUGUGUCAUCUCCUGCCUGGGCAUCCAGGAGAGACAGCUCCAGAUUCGGUGUCUCUAGUCAGGGCGUCCCUUCACCAGUAUCUAAAGUGAGAGGGAUGGUUUAUACUGGCCAUGUAGUGGCAAGGGAGGACUCAAGGAGCUGAUUUGAGCCAAGUGAUGGAAUAGGAAGAAAAAGUGCAAGGAAGAGAGGGGAGAGAAGAAGAAAGGGCUGGGGGAGAGGUGUGGAAAUGGCAAGGGUAGUGCCCAACACAGCCAAAUGUGGGGAUACAAGGAGGACAAACGUGUCUGGGCUAGGUUAUGUGUGGCCAUCUGCCUGCCAUCACCAAGAGCUUUGGUACUGUUGGGGUGAAGGCAGAGGGGAGUGUGAGAGGUGGGGUUGUCACCUCCAGGAACAUGGAGGGACCCUUAGAUAUCAACCAUGAAAGCUUGUUUGGUGUCUGGGUGGGACAGCCACCUCCAAGGUCCUGCUCAGGGCCUAACUGCACAUGGGGACAGACAGACAGUGCUGAUCCCUGCCUCUUUUCUGUGUCUCUUACCCUCCAUGAUCCUGGAAAACGUGUGCCUUUCCAGGCCAGCCACAAGUUCAUCUGUCCUCUCUUCAGAGCCCGAGCUAGAGGUAUCCUUCAGGUCUCAGAAGGCCUGAGUUUUCUCCAGUGCCUGAGAGGGACAAUAUCUCUUUUCUUGCUGUGCCCAUCUACGAGAGAUGGUGUGAGAGCAGCCCAAAGCAGCACAGCCCACAGGCAAGGGGCCAGGUGAGGGUCAGUGUGCAGGAGGCAGGGAAAGGAGCAGGUAUGGUGGCACCAGAUGGAGAGGACCAGCAUGAGAAAUUGGGGUGUGGGACAGUUUUGAAGAGAAGUUGCAGAAGGGAGAUGGGGCAGGUUGCGUCAGCAGGACAGCAGGAAGCGAAGGGAGCCAGAGUCCCUGUCAGACUGGACUCUGCCAGGACACUGCUUGUGGGAUAUCUUGACAAAACCCCAGCGAGGGAGGUGAGCAGGAGCACACUGGGACUCAGGGGUGGGCUGCACAGG